GCUCUUGGCCCGGGCUGGAGCCGCUGAGAGCUUCUGUUCAGCUCAGCUGCGCGCAGCCCCGGGGAGCCCUGCACCGCUUGGGCUGGUGCCUCCGCCCCGCCGGGUCCCUGUGCUCCUGCCCCCUAGCUGCCCUCUGCAGCCGGCGCUGUCUCAGGGUGCACCCUCUGCGCCCAAGGUUCAACAGUGACCAAUCUUGAUUCAUACAUUCACAGCAAAGCCUCCAUCUGUCUCAUGGAUUAUAGAUCUAAAUUGAUGGCUUCAGUAACAGAUGCCAGAUACAGACACAAUGAUGCUUCAGACCAAAAUUUCGAUUACAUGUUCAAACUCCUGAUCAUUGGCAACAGCAGUGUGGGCAAAACGUCCUUCCUCUUCAGAUACGUUGAUGACACUUUCACACCAGCUUUUGUUAGCACAGUCGGAAUUGACUUCAAAGUGAAAACUGUUUACAGGAAUGACAAGCGGGUGAAACUGCAGAUCUGGGAUACUGCUGGGCAAGAGAGAUACAGGACCAUCACUACAGCCUAUUAUCGAGGCGCUAUGGGGUUCAUCCUGAUGUAUGAUAUCACCAGUGAAGAGUCGUUUAAUGCAGUGCAGGACUGGGCCACUCAGAUCAAGACCUAUUCCUGGGAUAAUGCACAAGUCGUUGUGGUUGGAAACAAGUGUGACAUGGAGGAUGAAAGAAUCAUUCCUCUGGAAAAGGGUAAACAUCUGGCUGAUCAGUUAGGUUUUGAUUAUUUUGAUGCCAGUGCCAAAGAGAACAUCAAUGUGAGACAGGUCUUUGAGCGCCUAGUGGAUAUAAUCUGUGAAAAGAUGUCUGAGAGUAUAGCGUCUGACCCGUCCAGAGGCAGUUCUGGGAAGAACAUGUGGCUCACAGACAACCCACCCCCUUUGCAGCGGAACUGUUCCUGCUAGUGAUUUUAAUCUCUGUGAAUCUCUCUCUCCCCUUCCCUGAAUACACAUUGUCUUGUCACAUGUGAUGAUGUAUUAUCAUAUUGUCUAAAGGCUGAAGUUUCUGUUAUAGUGGAAAUGGACGUGGUUGUUAAAUGUUCUGGAAAGUUUAAUGUUAAAUAUAUCUAAUACACCUAAUAUUGUAAAACAAACAAAAAACCUAAAUAAAUAUUGUAAGUGCACUUAGUGUUAAUGGGUGAAUUACAUUGAAGUUUAAGAAUUUUAUAAUAUUCUAAAUGUAUUUUUAGAUUAUUCCCAUAGAGAAUGUUGCUUUGUUGUUAUAGGCCCUUUUGCUGGGGAGAGAGCUCUAUACCAACACGCAGCUCAACAACUGAUAAAGAGCAUUGAAAAAAGAUCAGAAAGAAAAAUAUUUAAAAAAAGAAAAGAAGAAACCCAGACUCCCCUCACAAAAUAGGAAA